AUGGAAUGGACAGACUUUGCCCGGGUGAACUGCAUUUCUCCGCAUUUCAUAAUGACAGAUAUGCGCACUAAACAACCAAAGGAGUUGUUCAAGGAAUGGAUGGCCAUAAAUCCUGGACGCCGAAUCUGUGACCCAGCUGAGCUUAAGAGUUUAUGUACCUCAUUCCGCGCUGGAUUAUUUCUACAAUGCAACUAA